AUGAACGAAGAUUGGACAAUAUUUCUGCCCCAAUCCCAAUCCGCCCACAAAGACGUGAAACUGCCAGAAUAUACUGAAGUGCAAAAUUGUUCUGACACUGAAGUACAAAAUUGUUCUGACAAGGACUUGACUUGGGAAGAAAUCUUUGAAACAAUCAAAGAAUUCGUACCGUCUUCGCCAAUAUUAUAUCUCAAAAGAGUUCUAUUGCACAUGAUUUCAAAGAUUGAAGAACAUGAUCCAGAGUUUUUCACCAUUUAUUUGAAGAAUAAUCAAUUCGAUAUCAAUAAAGAUGAUAUCGGUCUUUGGCUCUUAUUUCUUGAAACCGAAGAAUUGAAUCUGGAUUCUGAAGAUUUUGACAAAAAAAUAUAUUAUGAUAAAGAUCGUGGUUUUAUUCAAUUCAAAGAUGAUGAUGAAAGAUAUUGCAAAUUGAAGUUGGAUUCUUUAGGUUUAGAUUACAAGAAAAUUGAUAAUGAAUCGGAAAGAUCUAUUAUCAAUUUCCGAAUCAUUUAUGAAGCAGGAAUUAUAGAUAAAGAGAAUUUUGUUCAAAUAAUGGAUCCUGAUGAAUACCAAUUCGAAAAACAAAAGAUUGAAUUGCGUAAAUCGAAAUGCAUAGAUAAAGCCCGGAAUAUUAGCAUAAUGUAUUCAAAUGCUGAAAAAUAUAUUGACAAAGUACAAUAUCAGCAAAAAAUCGAAGGCGUUAACCUUGAAAUGCUAAAAGAAAAGAAAAAAUUGGAUUACGAAAAAUGGAAUAAAGCACUUAUUGGGCUAUGCGACAAGGAUACUUUUCUUCGAUUUAAGUUGAAGAAAAGCAAUUUAGCCUUAUUACAUAAAUACUUCUUCAAAGAUGAGUAUAUUUUGAGUCACUCACCACUGAAUGACGAAACAGAACUGUUCGUUUUCAUUAAUCGCCCUAAUGAAGGAAUGCGAUUAUAUUGUUCAUCCAAAUCUCUGCCAGCAUUAAAACAAGUACCAGAUGGUUUCAAGGUUAUUAGUAUAGUUGAUGACUAUGCUAAAACUGCCCAUCAACAUUAUUCAAAAUAUAAGGGAAUUAAUUUGAAGGAAUACGUUUAUGAUAAUAGUAUUCCAUUCAUUAUUUACAUGAGGAAAAUUUUGCAUUAUGAAUUGAAUAAAAUAGGAAAAAAGUGA